AACUUCUCGUUUCUCCUUGUUUGAACAUAUUUUUCUCCCAUCUCUGUUACGAAGUGGGCAGUCCAAAUCUUUGAUGUUUUCCAAAUUUCAAUUCUUGUUCUCUGCUUUGUGCUGAACGCGUUAGCAUGUGGGGUUGGGGUUGGGGUUUUCUUGUGGGUCAGAAAGGAGGGGACCCCACCUGAUAAGUCCUCUUUACUUAUUCUCUCCUUCUUCCUAGCUUCAUAUUAUACCAGAUCUGAGAAGGUGCGGGGGCAACCUCGGACUUUCAAGUUUCAUCAGAUCAGAGCCUCUUGAAUUCUACCGACAACCGCUUCCUCGGCUGUUCUUAUGACACUCCGGCCUGCUGUUUGAGACCCGUAACGGCGAGAGGAGAUGGGAUCGGUGGGCGCUGCGGAAAAUGGGAAUGGGGAUGCCCUGGGGAGGAAGAACAAGUACAGGAGGAUGGACUCCCAGGAAACAGAUGAUGAUUUGGGGUCCGACGACAGGGGCAGAACCACCAGAAAAUAUGUGUUCUUCUGUGCCGUCUUUGCUUCUCUCAACAAUGUUCUCCUCGGCUACGAUGUGGGGGUCAUGAGCGGAGCAAUUAUCUUCAUCCAAGAAGAUCUGAAAAUAACGGAGGUACAGGAAGAAGUCCUCGUCGGGAUUUUGAGCAUCCUGUCUCUCUUCGGUAGCUUAGCCGGCGGCAGAACAUCGGAUCUCAUUGGCCGUAAAUGGACUAUGGCCUUGGCAGCCAUCAUCUUUCAAUCAGGAGCUGGUGUGAUGACCUUUGCUAAUUCUUUCGCAGUCCUAAUGAUUGGCCGCUUCUUGGCUGGGAUCGGGAUCGGCCUCGGCGUCAUGAUUGCUCCAGUUUACAUAGCUGAGAUAUCGCCCUCCAUCAACCGGGGCUCUCUCACUUCUUUCCCUGAGAUUUUCAUUAACUUUGGGAUUUUGCUUGGUUACCUGUCUAAUUAUCUCUUCUCGGGCCUACCGGUUCACAUAAGUUGGAGGGUGAUGCUUGCUGUUGGAAUGCUCCCUGCUAUCUUCAUCGCCCUCACACUUUUCGUGAUCCCCGAGUCUCCAAGGUGGCUGGUCCUGCAGAACCGAAUCGAAGAGGCUCGGGUGGUACUCUUGAAAACCAAUGAGAGUGAUGCCGAGGUCGAGGAGCGACUUAAGGAGAUUCAGUUAGCUGCAGGGAUCGGAAGUUCGGAGAAGUACGAGGAGAAAUCCAUCUGGCGCGAAAUCUUUAUCCCGUCUCCUCCUGUCCGUCGAAUGUUAAUCGCUGGCAUUGGGCUCCAGUGUAUCCAGCAGAUCACAGGAAUUGAUGCCACGGUCUAUUACAGCCCAGAGAUAUUCAAAUCUGCUGGUAUAAAGAGUAACUCGAAAGUUCUAGCCUCGACAAUUGCUGUUGGUGUCUCGAAGACUGCUGCCAACGUGGUUGCGAUAAUUCUCAUCGACAGAUUGGGAAGGAAGCCCCUGCUGUAUAUCAGUACAAUCGGGAUGACAAUCUGCUUAUUUAGUGUGGGAGUCACUCUCGCUUUCCUGAAGGAAGGAGAAUUUGGGAUUGCAAUGGCAAUUCUUUCCGUGUGCGGAGACGUUGCUUUCUUCUCCGUGGGUGUUGGUCCUAUAUGCUGGGUCCUGACUUCGGAGAUUUACCCAUUGAGGCUGCGAGCUCAAGCGGCAGCUCUCGGGGCUGUGGGGAAUCGGGUUUGCAGCGGUCUCGUUGCCAUGUCAUUCCUCUCGGUUUCUCGGGCAAUCUCAGUAGCGGGAACCUUCUUCGUCUUCUCAACGGUCUCAGCUCUCUCUGUUGUGUUUGUUCACAAGCUCAUCCCCGAAACAAAAGGCAAAUCGCUGGAGCAGAUCGAGUUGCUUUUUCAGGACCCACACGAAUGUAAUGGAAGUGAAGUUCAGAUGGGGGAUGCUGAGCAUCUAGUGCAGAAAGAAGUGAUCUGAGCGGUCAGUUGAAACGUUCAUUUCACUAGCUAAACCCCACCGUGUGUCUCUCUUCUUGAGAUCAGUUUUAACUGAUACAAGCCGUCCUUCCUGAAUUUCUGCUGCUCGAAGGGAUCCACGCCUGAAUCCCCAAGCACCACUGAGCUUGGUAGAGACUGAGAAGCACAAACAAUUCUUUUUCGAGGUAGUUUUGUAGAGGUUACCGAUUAUUCUACAUCUAUUCAUAGCUUACAGGAUGACCUGAGAUGAUUAGCAAUCUCCUUAAAGCGGACAAAUGCAUCCAUCUGGUUCUUUCAUGUUUGUCGCCGGAAGUGCUCGCCACACGAAAGAGUUUGUUAUUACUGAAUAUUAGGCAGAUAUAUAAUAGAUUUGAAUAUGUGAGAUUUAUUACAAUUUGAUCGAUAUGCAUAUCAUAUGUUGUAGAGAUCAUCUCCUCUAUAAAUAAGACUACUCUCCUCGCUCUUUAUCAAGUGAGUGAGAGCCUUCUUUCACUGAAA